AUGAGUUCUGAGGUUUAUGAAUUAACACCUUCUGGAAGAAUCAAAAAACCUUCAUAUGCUAAUGUUGCGAAUUGGAUAAAAAGAUCAUGGGAUGAUAUUGAUAUUAAUUUGAUUCAAAAAUCAUUUAAAUGUUGUG